AAGACGAGGUAUCGGUGAUUGAUAAAGAUACUUAUAGGCUUGCUGUUGUCAACAUGGACUGGAACUAUGUGAAGGCUGUUGACUUGUAUGUAGUAUUCAAUUCAUUUGUCCCACCUAAUGGAAUGAUCAAAUCUGUAGCUAUCUAUCCAACUGAGUUUGGCCUUCAACGUUUGAAAGAGGAGAAUAUUCAUGGACCUGUUCUAUUUCACAAUGAAAAUGAUAUAAGUGAUGAAGAUAUCAAUGAGAAUAUGCGUGCCUAUCAGAAGAGCAUGAUGCGGUUCUAUCAUGCUGUGGUGGAAUGUGACUCAAGUACCACAGCAGCUCACAUUUACAAAGAAUGUAAUGGUCUUGACUUUUUAUCCACUCCACUUGAUUUAAGGUUUAUUCCUGACUUUUGGGAGUUCAAACAGGAGUCUGAGGAUGUCGUGACUGAGGUACCUGCAAACUACGUAGUCAAAGAUUUCGGUCCUCGAGCACUUCAGCACAGUAAAGUUGAUUUUACUUGGGAUGAUGAUGACCCCCUUCGCAAAAGGACCUUGAGACGGAAAUUUACUGAUGAGCAGCUUGCUCAGUUAGAAUGGAAAGAUUACUUGGCUUCGGAUGCGAGUGAAAGUGAUGAUAACACCGAGGCUGAUGAUCAACUUGAUGAAAAGGCUAGAAAACAAUCUAUAUAUCUUAAUUUGGUCUAUUCGGGCAAUGGUUCAGAUGAAGAUGCUGAACAUGACAUUGGCCAAGAGAUGGAGGUGACCUUCCAUUCAGGAUUGGAAAGUCUAAAUAAAAAAUUAAUGGAAAAGAAGGAUAAGGAAACAGUUUGGGAAGCAUCUCGAAGGAAAAGGCAUGAGAAAAAGAAGGCCAAGAAGAACAAAUCGAAGUAUUCAUCAGAUGAUGAUAGUGAUCAACAAGUUAUUGAAGCAGCAAAUGAGUUCAUUGAGGAACCUAGUGUUAAGAAGAGGAAGAAGACAGAAAAGAGUAAAACUGACAAUCAUAUGGAUAUAGUUGCUGUUGACAAAGCAAGCAAAGAAGAGCUUGAGUUAUUGCUUGCUGAUGACAAGGCGACAGAAACUGGUCUCAAAGGAUAUAGUCUAAAAUUUAAAAAAAGGAAGGACAAAAUGGGAAAGGAGAAUGUUAUUAUUGAUGAGGGUAAAGUUCCAAACAGUACAUAUAGUGAUGAUCCACGUUUUGCACAUUUUUUCUCUUCUCCUGACUAUGCUAUUGAUCCCACCGAUCCACAAUUUAAAAGGAGUGCUUCAUAUGCCAGGCAGCAGCUAGCACGCAAGCAGAAGGGUCAAAUGGAAUUAUCAGUUCCCAAAGUAAUGCAAAUGCCUUCUGAAAAUGCUGGAAAUGGCAUGAUGGAGAAGGAUGAGAAAGAAGGAUUGCUUGUUUUUAAAUCAACAAAAAAAGAUGAAGACGAGCUCUCGUUUCUUGUUAAAUCCGUCAAGAUGAAAUCAAAGCAUAUCCUUAAUAGUAAGACAAGGAAAGAUGGAAAGUCACAAUUUGAUGGUGUGGAGAAAAAGAGGCAGCACUAGUUCUCUCAUUUCUUGUUUAUCAUAUAUUUAUGGAUCUUG